GUUUAACUGUGCUAAUUUAAUAAGGCGUUACGAGAUUGCGAAAGUAACUAUUUGUCAGGCGCCUGUAAUGAUUCUGUUAUGGGUGUCAGCAUUUUUAGUGCACUUGGCUCUGAUCUUGUACAUAGCAUUACCGUUGGUUGUAGAGAAGUUUCCUGCUCUUUGUCGGCGACUAGUUUUUAAAACACAUAGUGGACCUAGCUUUGGUUCCCGAGUUUAUACACACUUUGAAUCUGUGGACAUCCCUAGUGGGCAUGGCCACAAUUUCUACAUCGCUUCUCUAGAUGACAAAGCUCUGUUAGGAGUAUGGCAUAUUCUUCCAUCGAAUAAUGAAGAAAUUAGUGCUACCGAUUCACGGAGUUAUGAAGAGAUAAUGAAUUCAUUGCCUAAUGAUUUGCCUGUAUUUAUUUAUUUCCAUGGCAAUUCUAAAUCAAGAGCUAUUCCUUGGAGGGUAAACAUUUAUAAACUAUUGUCAUCUCUUGGCUAUCACGUUUUUUGUUUCGAUUACAGAGGUUAUGGCGAUUCAACUGGGUCAUUAACUGGAGAAAAUGACUGUCUACUGGAUAGUUUAACGGUUUUUCAAUUUGUUUGUAAACGGUUUCCUUCAGCGCCAAUUUUCUUUUGGGGUCAUUCACUUGGUACUGGGGUUGUCGGUUGUCUUAUGGAUCAUUUAAAUAAAGAGCAUGAUUCUUUACCAAAUAUUCGUCUUCCAAAAGGUAUUAUUCUUGAUGCCCCAUUUACAUGCUUAACUGAUGUGAUACAUCACAGAAUAUUCAUGAAGCCUUAUCAAUUAAUGCCAACUUUACAAGAACGAUUUGUAUCGGCUAUGAACAAAGUAAAAUUGUCAUUUAAUACACAGUCUAAUCUAAUAAAUUGUCCCAUUCCGAUAAUAAUAUUACACGCUGAAGAUGAUGCUGUUGUACCAUUCACUUUAGGAAAAAAGGUAAUCAUUAUAACAAUUGCAUUUGAUAAAAUACUUAACGAAUUCAUAUUUAUUUGUUGAUUUUCGGAAAAGAAAAAAGAUAACUACACUGGGUUUUGAUUGUGUUUACUCGAGUGUUGUUAAUCACUCAAUGUAUGUAUUUUUUUUGUCGAAAUCAUUCAUUAACGAAAUUUGUUAGUUCUGAUUUUGAGAUUUGAUAAAAGAUAUAAAUUAAGGAAGAGUUGAAUAAAUAUGAUCGAAGGUCUUAUGACUCAAAGUUAUUGGUUCUUUUAUCACCAUGAAAAGUUUUCAUUAGUUAUUUUACCAUUGUAGAGCAUGAAUUUAUCUGUUAUGUCUACGCUUUUAUCUGUCAUUAUGAUUCACGAAUUGAAGAAAUCCUUCAAAAGUAGUAUCUGUAAAAAAUAACUUAAAUUUCACCUAAGAUCUGAUAGUAAUGCUUUAAUUAUGAUUCAGUAAAAAAUAAUGUGGUUGACAGUGUUGAUAUUAUGCAUUUAUAAUAUAAAUAUUUCACACUAUACUGUACGAAAAGAAUAUGCUAGACAAGGUGGAAAUUAAAUAUUGUAAAUAGAAAAAAGUGGAAAGAAAUCGUUUGAUCAAUAAGUAAAUAAAUACAGUAAUCAAUAAAUCAUACUUUUCAAUAAAUAAUACAAUCGAGAUAAGGUUCACUUUAUACAUGCGAAGAAUUUACUAGAAAACUACGGAAAGGAUUCUCCAGCUUCAGUUCUGAGCCAUGUCUGAUAGCAUCUCAUACCACUGAGAUUGAUGAUCUCUUGGGUUACAAUUGAAAAGUCGUAACCGACUUACAGAUGCUAGUCCUAUAUAAAUUUCGUACCAUGGCUUUAUUAUUAUUAUUAUUAUCAUCAGCUUUAUUCAAUAUUAUAUUUUUUGUACAAUAUAGAAUUCUCAGCGUAAAGUAUUUCAACAAGUUUCCGUUUCUUUCUUCUUGGUCGAUCCUGGCGAUAAAUAUUGAGUGAUCGCCAGUUAGACGUUAGCAGUUCAGUGAAUGAACAUCUGAAUAAUGUGCAUUCUUUUCGUUGUAUAUUGCCAGCAACCACAUUGUCUCUUAUUGAGUUUUUUAUAACUUUGACAACGAAAGGUUGUACACUUUUCAGAAACGCAGCAGAAUAGGUUAUGCGAUUAAUAAACAUAAUGAUAUAUUAAAACAAACUAAAACAGAUAACUUGUUGAAAUAUCUAGAUGGCAGGAACAGGUAGCCCAGAUGCUCAAGCAGGCCAUGUCAUUCACUGACUAUCUUCAGGCUUUUUCUGAUCAUCUCUGGUUUCAGCACAUAAUGUGCCAUUAAUUUGAUAUCAAGAUUAUUCUAUUCCCUACCAGAUAAACCUUUCAUGUACACCAAUCCACUGUAUAUAUUUGCAUGAAUAUCUAUCUUGUGUGAAGCCAGAGGUAGAGUUUAUCGUGAACAGACAAUAAACACUCCGUCAUUUAACAAUAUUUAAUGAGUAGAAGAGAACUCUUUACACCGAUUUUACUAAGGCAUUUGAGGAAAUUUAAAAUAACUACCACUGGUGAAACCAGGUAAACAUUGUUUCAAGAAUUUGUGUAAUAAAAGCCAGUCACAAAGGGAAAACUACGUUUCUGUUGCCAUAUUCACCUGAAUUUCCAAGGCGAAAUAUUUUGAAAGUAUUGUUAAUUCUCUUUAUCAUAACAGUUCUUUAUUGAUAUUGACCUGAAUCUUUCUGUGUUGAACUAUUACUUUUAUGAAUAAUAACAAAUAACUAUAGCUUGCUGAAAUUCUUUCAACUAAUGGUACUUCAGUAUUCUUCAAGCCGUACGAAGGCAAACUUGGUUACCGACAUAAUUUUAUUCACACAGCACCAGAUCUUCCGGAUAUUAUUACGUAAGUACUUUAGUGGACGAAAACUCAGGUGGGAACAAUGCAAAAUUACAGAGUUCUUUCGUAAAAUGUCAAAAACCAUACAUUAAAUGCCUCAUUUGCAAAUCUUCCAUGAAUUGUCUCAAACUUCAUCGCUAUUACAAUUACUCUCUGUUUACAACCCGUUCUUUUCAAUUCCAUCUUCGCAACCUUUUGCUACCAGUCAUUCCACUUCUGAUUGGUGUCACAUACUACUUAUGUCUAUAAACAUAAGUAGCAUUCACCGUAUUACUAGCGUUUUUUAAUGUAUGAGGAAUUAAUAUAUUUAACUUGGAACAAAUUGAAUUAAGAUAUUUAGUACAGGAUGCUUAAUAUAUGAAAUAACAUUGUUUGAUCAGUUCAUUUAACACGUAUCUUAAUAUAAUUAAUUUCUUUGGCUGAUAACUGAAGUGUUUAAUUAUCGAAAUGAAGUUGCCUAUGGGUUCAUUGUUAAUAUCAGAAUAAGCAACGCAAUAAUCUAAUAAUUUAUGCACACAUAAUAUUUAAGUCAAGGAAUAAUGACAGUAAUGAAUUUUGCAAGGAAUAUUUGACAGGUAAAUGAAUUUCUGAAACAAAUGGGACUGAAAACACCAACGAUCGAAUCCUUGUUGACUCCCAAAACAAUGUUAAUUCCAACGUAAAAAUAUUGCUGCACUCUGUAAGCAGAAGCAAAAUCUAGGAUUUUAAAAUGAUACAUUCUUCUUAGGUUUGUUAAAUAAAUUUAGUUACGGCUGGUUUUAUUUAUUGAAUAAACUAGUGAGAUAUCUAGUUCAUUUACCGAAAACAUGUUUCAGAUGAAUGGUCAGUGGUUACAGUGAAGGGUUUAAGUAGUUGGAAUUCGGGAAACCACUUUCUUAGGCGCUUGAUUUAAUAAUUUUAAUAUCAUUUCAUAUUCGAUUUCAAACGAAAAACGCACUUAUUGUCCAUUUAGUAUAAUACUCACUCAUUUCCGACUAGGAAAUCGUAUAUAUUGUUGUACAAUAAUCUAGUUAGUUCAUUGACGGAGAUUUAAUUCUCCGUAGUUUUCAUGCCUUAUAUAUCAAUCGCACGAUUGAAAAAGCGAAAAUAUUUUUCCUAAAAGGUAAACUGUACACAUUUUGUUUGAAUUGCAGCCGAUAAUUACAUGUAGACUUUGAAAAAUUUCGAGUAACCUUUCAAAAUAACUAACGGCUUGGUUAAAUCGUGGUAUACAACUUUCCACUAUCUAACAACUACUUUCUACCUGAAUAAUGUUCUCACCAGGUUACACUGAAAUCUGUCAGGUUUGUUUUAAAAAUUUCGCAAGUCACUUAGUUAAACAUCAAAACCCACAAUGGAAAAGUUUAAAUGAACUCAAGAUUACAUUUCAAACGUUUUCCGACUCGCAACUGGAAAGAUUUUUUAUUUAAAUCAUCUGCUUAGAAAGUGUACUAGCGACUGUUUGUUUUUGGAAAACAUCAGUUGAAGUCCCAAACUAAGAGAUUCUAUUCCUCGGAAUGUGAUAUGUCAAAAUUGCUCUCUCCCAACUCUUAGGAAUUACUUUGUUUGUUCUUAUUAAAAAGUCUUAGUUAACUAAAUUCAUUAACUGUUAUAAAGGAUUCACUUUAUAAAUUUUCUGUAAUUCAUCGUCAAGCGUAGGUUAUGUGUGAAAUUUUGAACAUAAAUGACUUUACAACACUGCUAGUGUAUCAGUGGAUUACUGAGUAAUUUUAAGGGUGGAUACAAUGGUCUAGACAGCUGAAACAUUCACUACUGGAUUUGUGAAGUUGAACCAGCUCAGUUAAAAACAAUCGUACAUUUAUGAAAUGCUUUUUAGUUUUCUGCAUUGUUUCUACGCGGGGUAAUGGCUAUAUUAAAAAUGUUUGACAUAAGGCUUAUUACAAUAUAAUAUAAUAAUGAUUCCAGUUAUCUUUCAAAUGACAACUACUUAUGUAUUUGAAAGCAAAUAUAUUUCCAUUAGAAUAUUUCCCUCUUUUAUUAAAUAAUCCUUAGAAAUUGUUUUCUUUAAUCUUAUUCCCUAAUAUUAGAUCAUUUGUUCAAUCCACACUGUCUGGAAGUUUAAAUUCAUUAGAGGAUUUAAUCAUUUGAAUUUGAUUAUGUAGAUUAGAUCACUAAAUAUUGGGAUAUAUAAUCUAUUUUCAAUAUCUGUGAGCUGUAUAUGAUCUAUCAACUGAACUGGUUUUAUGACAACUAUCAUAUUACUUACAAUCUGUCAAAUGAUUACAUCAUUUUACAAUUUGUUUCUGUUGUGUGCUAUUUGUUUUUUUUUAAAUAAACUUAUUUUUAUUGGCUUAUUUUAUAAAAGUUUUUCUUUUUUUUUACUUUUGGCUCAACAUCAUUAUUAAUAUUUCAGAUUGCUUAUUUUUUUGUCUCAUUAUAGUUCUAUUUAUUCUUAUUCUUAUUAUGUUUUCAUCAUCCAGGGAUAUUGUGCCGUAAAGUAUCAUUAUUUUGUUGUUGUUGUGCGUGUGUUCAGUUAUUUUUCUUUCCAUUGAAGUGAACGUUCUGAAAUACAUUAUGUGUAAAUUACAUUCAUGCUAAUAUACAUUGUGUUUUAGUUUUAAACCCAUUUAAUAUAAUAUGGACAAUAUAUAUGAAAAGAUGUUAAAAUGAACAUAGUUCUAUCUAAAUAUAUAUAUCGUUCUAAUACCAUUGAUUAGUACGUAAUUAAUUGAUUAUCUGUUUUUUUACUUUUGAGUAGAAUCAUUUCAUCUGAAUACUGUAAAUAAGCUAUCAUAAGUGACUUUAAUUUAUUUAUUUAUAUCAGAAAGGCAUCACUCAACAACUGGUGUCUGAUAAAUUUGAAGGCAUUCAAAUGGCAUUAGGACUAAUAUUUGAAAAUAUGCUUGACGAGGUGUUACUCAGCGGUCAGCUUCCGUGUUGGUUGAUAAGAAAAUUCACUAAGGCGAGAGAACUUUGCUGAAGUCAACUCAAGGAACU